ACGCAACCCUGCUGCCAGCUGUUUACAAGUUUAAGUGAGCUACUAAAAACUAGAGCUGAGUACAGCAGGUCCAGGAAAAUAAUUUUGGUUCGAACUAUCAGAAAAUGCCAUCCGAGGCGGAAGCACAACCAAACAAAAAGCCACGUUUGGAUGGCUUUUCGCUAAGCGCAAUGGAAGAAAUGAAAGUCCGUGCUCAAGAAGCAAACAUCAACAGCGAAACUUUACGUCAAUUUCAAGUGUUGGAUGAAGUGCAGUGUUCAGGGAGUGAAUCAGAGAACGAAACCAAUGGUAAUAAUAAAGACCAACUGGCCGAGGAGUAUGAUUCAUCUGAUUUAGAUCUAGAUGAUGAUGAAAUUGAAAAUCUAUUAAAUGAAAACUUACCUGACGACCUCAAGGAAUCUAAAAGGCCGAAAUAUGAGGAACGUUUUAAAACAGUAUUAGAAGAAAAGGGACAUAAUCAUUUUGAAGUACUACCGGAAGGAUGGGUACAAGUAACGCACAAUAGUGGUAUGCCAUUAUUCCUACAUAAAAAAGCACGUGUUGUAUCAGCAUCAAGACCUUAUUUUUUAGGAGCUGGGAGUGUUAGAAAACACGCUAUUCCAUUAGGCGCUGUACCGUGUCUAAAUUAUAGGCGUGCUUUGGAGGAGGAACGGUUAGAAAAAUUGAAGCAAGCAAAUUUAAUGGAACCUAACCAAAAUAACGCAACAAGAGAGACUGAAAAUGAAUGCCCUUUACUUGAAGAAACUCCAAUGGACUUAGAUCAAAACGUACAAAAUGCAGCAGAAAGCAAUGAUAAUAACGUAAUACCUACGGAAACUCAAAAUUCUAUUGUUAAAAAUGUCAUACCUCCUGCCAAAAUUAUGACUGUCACUGAAAAUACACAAAACGAGUCCUUAACACCGGAUCAAUUAAAUGAAUAUUGCAAAAGUCUAUUUAAGUUUAAGGAUAUACGAGUACUGAGAUUUAAUUCGUGGAAUGCAAGACGAAAGUUUACAAAAAAUCGCAAACAUAUAAAGAACCUGCAACGGCCUACCUUACCAGAUGGCACUAAGCUAAUUAAAUUUCCUAUACUUGCGCCUAGUGGCGAGUCAAAUCAACACACGCGCGGACGUAAGGAGUGGAUUAUGAAUCCAAAUAAUAAAAGCUACGUUUGUAUUUUACAUGAAUAUGUACAACAUGCCUUGAAAAAACAGCCAACUUAUGAAUUUAAGGAGUUGGAAAAUGCUGCAACGCCAUAUUCCGCCACUGUGUCCAUCAAUAAUUUAAAAUACGGCACCGGAUUUGGUACUAGUAAGAAACAGGCGAAAUCUGAUGCUGCACGAGAAACAUUGGAAAUCUUAAUACCGGAUAUGAAGGAUAAAAUAACCGGUGUUCAACAGGAUAAGGCUGCAACGAAAACAAUACAUAAGGAUUUGUCGGUGUUCGAUGAUAUAAAAAUUGAGGAUCCUCGCGUAGCUGAAUUUUGUAAUAAGACAACUGAACCGUCACCGCAUGUUAUUCUAUUGACUUGUCUACAAAGAAAUUUUGGAUUGGGUGACAUUCAAGUAAAUUAUGAAAUAAAUCGCACCAAAAAUAAGAAGAAUGAAUUCACCAUGACAGUGGGUAAGCACACAGCAAAGGUAUUAUGCAAGAAUAAACGUGAAGGUAAACAAUUAGCUUCUCAAGCCAUUUUACAGAUUUUACAUCCACACAUUAAGACUUGGGGCUCUCUACUACGACUUUAUGGUAAUAAUUCUAUUAAAACUUUCAAGGAAAAAAAAAUGGAAGAACAAGAAAUUACAGUGCUUCAAAGUAAAGCAGCAAUUAAUCAACCAAAUUAUGCGAUAUUAGAUAAACUUAGAACUGAGAUGUUAAAAUUAGUUGAAAGAAAUAAGGAUAUAACAUUAAUGGGUACUUUUGUACCACCAAACGAUGUUGACUUGCCAUCCUCAUCUGGUUCUAAUUUAAAUAAUGUAGAUCUAUAAAUGCGGUAAUGCAGUGGCCCAAUCGGCUUAAGUAGAUCUUUACGAUCGCCAUUCAAACGUUACCUAAUUACAAAAUCGACAGAAAAUUACUUUUUUAACUUAACAUAUGUACUUAUUGUCAUAGGACCUCAAUAAGGAAACUCUAAACUGGUAUAUAGAGAUAAAUUUUAAUUAUUUUCAAAUAAAUUAAUUAUUGUUAGUAACUCUUAAUGUCGUUGUAAUAUAAAGAA